AUGAAUGCCUCCCCCAUCAUCGAUAAGUUUGACUAUGUCUUCGCAGAGAAUGGCACAGUGCAAUACAAGAAUGGGCAGCUGGUCUCCAAGCAGGCCAUUCAGGACCACCUGGGGGAAGAGCUGCUGCAGGAUCUAAUCAACUUCUGUCUCAACUACAUGGCACUGCUGAAGCUGCCCAAGAAACGAGGAACCUUCAUUGAGUUUCGCAACGGGAUGCUGAACAUCUCCCCCAUCGGACGGAGCUGCACGCCAGAGGAGCGAAUUGAGUUCUCCGAGCUGGACAAGAAAGAGCGGAUCCGGGAGAAGUUUGUGGCAGCCUUGCAGAGGGAGUUUGCUGGCAAAGGCCUGCGUUUCUCUCGAGGUGGCAUGAUCAGCUUUGACGUCUUCCCGGAGGGCUGGGACAAGCGCUACUGCCUCAAUGUGCUUGACGACGAGAGAUUUGACACCAUCCACUUCUUUGGGAACGAGACGACCCCUGGAGGGAAUGAUUAUGAAAUCUAUGACGAUCCCCGCACAGUGGGACACAGCGUCCAGUCCCCCCAGGACACGGUCCAGCGAUGCCGUGAAAUCUUCUUUCCAGAGAGAGCAAACGAGUGCUGACGGCCAGGUCCCCGCAGCCCUGCCCCGGCCCCACCCUCUCCCCCCGCCAGGAAAAGCACCUUCAUUUGAGGAAUCUGCUCAGGGUAGAUGGGAAAAAACCACUUUCCAGGGCUGGUCGGGAUGUAAC